CAAAUUCUGUAAUACGUCUUCCUCUGGAAACAAUAAUCCUAUACUUUCCCCAAACAUCUAAAUAUACUCUUAAUUAUAUUUAUUGAAUAUAAUCGUUUAAUACGAUAAAUUGGGGGGAAAGCUGCCCUUAACACAAUGAAACUGCAAGGAACACAUUUUAAAGCGGCUUCCACUUUUGCGAAACAGAGAAAUAAGAUCCGGUUUGUCGAACAGGAAGCGAGGAGAUACUGAUGGCGCCCGACUAGAAUGGAGUAGCAAUUAUCGCGUACAACUUCUUAUACUGUUUGGCGUGUCUACUAAGUCAUAAACGAAUUCAACUCACAAUACACGAUGGAAGGGGAGAUAGAGGUGGAGAGCAGCAGUGAUGUGGGUCCGUCGGGGUCCAGGAUGGAGGAGCCGUCGGAGAGCGGUAUGGGCAUGGAGUCCUCAGAGGCCAUGUCUGCAGACAGCAGUGAUGCAGCAGCCCACCAUGCAUCUCAACAUCACAGCCAGCACCACCACGGCAUUGCCCCAGAGUCUGACUGCCACGUGGGACAGAGCUCAGAGGGGGUCCUGGUGUUCCUACCAGAGACUAGCUCCAGUACGGAUGUCACCCACCCUAGGGCCACCGUCCACCUCCCAGACUCCUCCUCUGUGGCCCAGUCCACCAGCGUCUCCACUGUAACGCAGUCCAUCCUGGUGUCUGGGUCAGCCCAGGUGAUGGUUCACUCCAGCGCGGCUGUGUCUGACUCGACAGCCUCCACCUCCUCAGAUCUGGGAUCAGCCAUAGACAAGAUCAUAGAGUCUACCAUCGGACCCGACAUCAUGAAUGGUUGUAUAGCAGUGACCAGUGCAGAGGACGGCGCUGCAGAGACCAGUGAGGGUCAGUAUUUGAUACGACAAGGAUCAGAUGAUGCCCACACGUCAACCUCGGCCCUGUCCAGCCAUCACCGCAUCACCAUCGAGGCUCUGGGAGAGGGUCCUACUUCCACCUGCCACGACCAGGGAGACAUGCAGGGUAUGAAAUAUGCAACGUAUGCCAAUAACCUGCACCGUGACCAGCCAGACCAGCCCUCUGGCAGCCACUACCCAGACCAUGAGGACCAGGACAACCAGCACUCCCACGCAUCUCAGUACAUGGACUGUAGCGGUGGAGACGCAGACAGACCAGACCAGACUGGAGAGUCGUCCUCCUCGUAUGUAGACGACGAGGAACCUGACCAGACGAGGAUCUCGUCCCGAUCUCUGUCCCGCUUCCCGGAGUACGGUGUAGUCGACAACUCUGACCAGGACCUGCGGGGGUACGUGGAGGGUAGCGGAGCCGCCGACUCCAACCCCUCGUCCCCCGGUAUUCGACGACGCCACUCUCACUAUGUUGUGGACUGCAGUGCGGGGACGGACGUGUACAUGGAGUGUGAAGAGGAUUUGAGGCCGCAGCACUCUCAGAGCUACAUCGACAGCAGCAGCAGAGCUAACCACUCCCAGAGUCACCGUACCCUACAGCAGUAUGUGGCGUUUGUUGCUGCAGAUUCAGAGCAGCCCGGUUGUUCCAAUUACCAGGAUCAGGAAGGGCAAAGGGAGGACCCAAACAAGAGCCCAGACCAGAACCAGGGCCCAGACCAGAACCAGAACCCAGACCAGCCACAGCACUCUGACCAGCAGCAGCCCCAGCACUCCCACUACAUGGAGACCACCAGCAGCAGCACUGGCCCAGAGGCCUCCCCGGGCCGGUACACUGGGAUAGGGGAGGGAGGCGAGGGCUCCUCCACAGACCACCACCACCCCGAAGCAGACACUGUGGGAUCAGACCACCACCACCCUGAAGCAGACACUGUGGGAUCAGACCACCACCACCCUGAAGCAGACACUGUGGGAUCAGACCACCACCACCCUGAAGCAGACACUGUGGGAUCAGACCACCACCACCCCCAGGCAGACACUGUGGGAUCAGACCACCACCACCCCCAGGCAGACACUGUGGGAUCAGACCACCACCACCCCCAGGCAGACACUGUGGGAUCAGACCACCACCACCCUGAAGCAGACACUGUGGGAUCAGACCACCACCACCCCCAGGCAGACAAUGUGGGAUCAGACCACCACCACCCCCAGGCAGACACUGUGGGAUCAGACCACCACCACCCCCAGGCAGACACUGUGGGAUCAGACCACCACCCCGAAGCAGACACUGUGGGAUCAGACCACCACCCCGAAGCAGACACAGCAGGCUCAGCAGAGGCUAUGGAGUGCACAGAGAGCCAGCCUGGCCCUUACAUCAGCAGCAGUGGGACCUACUCCUCCCGCCUGGAGCCUGACGUUGAGGGGGCCCCUGAGCCUCAGUGGUCCCCCAGUCUGGGGAGGCCUUUCAGGGGAGAGGAGGGUGGCAUGGUGGGGGGGUCUAGAUCAUCAGCCGUGGAGGAGGGGGUGGCUGGAAGAGGACCAGGGGUCACCGUCCCCCACACCAUGGCUGAACUGGAGGAGAUGAUGGAGGUGGUGAUCGUUCAGCAGUUCAAAUGCAAGAUGUGUCCCUACAAGAGCGUCUCCAAAGACACCCUCAUCAACCACAUGAGAGACAGGCACUUCAAACCCACAGGUGGCCCCCCUCCUAAGAAGCGUGGUCGGCCCAGGCGUAGUGAUACGUUGGCCUGUCAGCAGGCUGAGGUGAAACCAGAGCCACAGCCUGAGGAGCCAGAGGACGAAGACAUCGUAGAUGCUGGGGCCAUCGAUGACUCUGAAGAGGACAGUGACUAUAACCCAGCAGAUGAGGACUGUAGGGGCAGACAGCCUGCCCUGCUGAGACAACCUGCCCCUCCUCCCUGCUCCUCCACAGACCGCCCCCGACGCAGGGUGGGACGCCCCAGGAAGUUCACCUACACAGAGGGCAGCUACAACUGCAAGGAAGCCGAGGGUGCAUCCAAGCAGCGUAACGGGAGUGGGGACCCUCAAGGCUCCGAGGAAGCAAGUUCCUCAGGCCUGGGAAACGGACCAGAUUCCUUGGCCAAUGGAAAAGCAGUGGAAGCCGGCAUCAGCCAGUCAGACUCUGAGAACAAAGACCCGUCACCCAAUGGGAGGCCGGAGGAGGCAGAGUUUUUCCCCAGGAAACGAGGUCGACCCUCCAAGCGGUUUCUCAGAAAGAAAUACAAGAAGUACAUGAAGUAUUACACGUCUCUGAAGCCCCUUCUGAGGCCUCACAACUGUUGGAUUUGUGGCUCUCGCUUCCUGUCCCAGGAUGACUUGAGGUUCCACGUAGACUCUCACCAAGGAAACGACCCAGAGUGCUUCAAGUGCCUGCAGUGUAACUACCGCUGCAAACGCUGGUCCUCGCUCAAGGAGCACAUGUUUAACCACCAGGGGAACAAGCCCUUUAAGUGUGAGGAGUGUGACUACAGCAGUGUGUAUAAGAAGGAUGUCAUCAGACACUCUGCAAUACACACCAAGGACAAGAAAACAAAGUCUGAGUCUUGUGGUCUGUCUGACUCUCAGCAGGUAUCUAAGGUGUUGUCGUUCCCGUGUCCAGUGUGCCAUAGAGUCUACCCCAUGCAGAAGAGACUCACUCAGCACAUGAAGACACACAGUGCUGAGAAACCACACAUGUGUGACAAGUGUGGGAAGUCCUUCAAGAAGAGAUAUACGUUCAAGAUGCAUCUCCUGACACACAUCCAGAGUGUUGACAACAGCAGGUUCAAGUGUGAGUUCUGUGACUAUGACUGUGACAACAAGAAGCUCCUGCUCAACCACCAGCUGUCCCACGCCAACGACCGGCCCUUUAAAUGUGACUACUGUAAAUACUCCACCUCUAAAGAGGACUUCCUGGUCUCUCACCUGGCCAUCAAACACACAGGAGAAAAGCCGUUCUCCUGUGAGAUGUGCCACUUCAUGACGAAGCACCGUAAGAACCUGGGUCUGCACGUCCAGUGUCGCCACCCGGAGGCGUUUGAGGAGUGGAGCAGUACGCACCCCGAGGAGCCCGUCAGGCGGAGGAGGAGACCCUUCUUCACCCAGCAACAGAUAGAGGAACUCAAACAGCAACACGACGACACAGCGAGCCUACAGAAUACUAUAGUAGCAGUGGAUUCUGACACACUACAAGCCAUGCAGACAAUGCAGAACGCCUCAGUCUCCCAAGAUGCAAUGGGAAACACCACCAUCACUUACGAACAGGCCGGGAAUUCGAACCUGUCAGCCCAGAAUGCACUGGAUCUGCUGUUGAAUAUGAGCAACGCCAGACAGUUGGUGGAAAACUCACUACAGGUACAGAUGUUGAAAUCAUCGGACUCUGAGGUUCUAAACGCAGGCUCCUGGACAGCGGUUACCUCAGCGACCACGGGAGCACAAAAGGUUGUAACGUUCCACAUGUCUGAGAAUGGGGAGACCCUGGUGCAAGAGGUCCAAGAGGUCUAUGAGGCUGGGACCAAUGAGAAUGGAGAGAUUACUCAGAUAGCCAUCCAGGCCUAUGAGGGGGCAGAGGGCUUCAGUGUGGUGGAACAGAUGGAACAGGCUACACAGGAGAUAGAAAGCACUGGACCUGGAUACAGUAGUGACGUGGGCAGUCCCCAGCCCAUGGAGGAAGAGCAGGAGGGAACAACGACACUCAAAGAGAACAGAGACACCCAGUACUACCUGACCUCUGGUGUGGGGGAUGGAGUUCUACAGCAGGUAGAGCUAAGCAGUGAGGUCCCCAGUUCCCCCUCCAUGGUGGGUUCUCCCCAGCAGAACCAGCUAAACCCAAAGAGGUUCUCCUGUCGUAUCUGCUCCGAGUCGUUCCAGGGCCGCAGUGGUAUGGAGAACCACAAGAGGGCCCACGUCGACCCCUCCACCUUCAAGUGUCCCGACUGUGACUUCACUGCCUCCUCCUGGCCAGACGUCAAGACCCACAUGGGCAUGCAUACCUACCUGCGGCCUCACAAGUGCCCCAGCUGCAGCUUUGCCUCCAAAAACAGGAAGGACCUGAGGAGACACAUGAUGACGCAUACCAAUGAGAAGCCCUUCACCUGCCAGAUCUGUGGACAGAGGUUUAAUCGUAACGGCCACCUCAAGUUCCAUAUGGAGCGUCUCCACAGCCAGGACCCUCCGACAAGGAAGACCCAUUCUGGAGGAGGCUCCCAGCAGCAGACCUUUAUAGUCAGCAGUGAUGAGGAGGCUCUCGCCGUGCUACAGUCCCUGCAGGCAGGACAGACUAUCAGUCCGGAGCAGCUACAGAAGGCCCUGGGUCAGGACAACAUUAUAGUGUCCCAGGAACAGGGUCUGGAUCAGGACCACAUUAUAUUGUCCCAGGAACAGGACCUGGAAGACAAAGAGGAGGCCACCUACAUCCAGCAGAUUACCACAGUGGACGGACAGACGUUACAGUAUAUAACAGGAGAUAACCAGGUCCAGUAUGUCAUCUCUCAGGAUGGAGUCCAACACUUCCUACCCCAGGAGUACGUGGUGCUGGCAGACGGGAACCACAUCCAGAUGUCAGAUGGACAGAUCAUCCAAUAUGAGAAUGAUGGGGCCUUCCUACAGGAGCAACAGAUUUCCCUGAAUCAUGACGGCCAGAUCCAGUAUCUUCCCAUCAGUUCAGAACAACAGAUAGUCAGUCCUGAAGACACGGAGGUUGCUGAACAUUCUGCUGUCACCGUCAUAGCAGAUGCCGCAACGCAGCAGACACAGACAGUCUAUGCUGAGGCCACACAAGAACAGCUGGAACUGCUACAGCAGCAGGGCAUCCAGUAUGAUGUAGUCACCUUCACUGACGAGCAGAGAUGACGUCAUCGCCUUCAGAUGGGAUGGGGACCUGCUUUAAAGGACAGAGAGACAGGCCUGCAGUGCAGGACCCAGUGUGGUGGAACCACUAUGAGCUGACAGAGGGGCCAAUAACAUACAUCGUUUUUUUAUUUUAUAGAUUUAACUUUUAUUUAACUAGGCAGGUCAGUUAAGAACAAAUUCUCAUUUACAAUGAUGGCCUAGGAACAGUGGGUUAACUGUCUUGUUCAGGGGCAGAAUGACAUAUUUUUACCUUGUCAGCUUGUGGAUUUGAUCUAGCAACCUUUCGGUUACUGGCCCAACGCUCUAACAACUAGGCUACCUGCCGCCCCCUAGUAGCCCUCGUUUAAGAAGUUCAGCCAGAGCAAGGCUCUGCAACACAUUUCCCAAACUACAAGUCAUCUUGUAUCCCAAACAACUACAUUACAAUGAUCAGGAUUAGCAGAUCUGGGCAGCACCUUGCUCAAGCUGAUCCCCUCGAACACGGGUGCUCUACUAUUAAUGCCCAUGAUGUUUGGAAUGAGAUGUUCGACAAGCAGGGUGUCCACAUACUUUUUGUCAUGUGGUGUAUCUUCAGAUAUCUAAGUUGAUAGGAACAGUAAUAGAGAGAAUUUUAGUGGCUGCUAGCUAUCACUCAUCUUUUCAGUGUUCAAAUAGAUAAACUCUCACUGUUAAAUACAUGUACAAAAAAUCUUCUUUAAAUUCUAAAAUGUUGCUUCUAAGUUGAUCAUAGGGGCUGCUGUACAUUUUAAGGAACAAAGUUACACGAGAGGUUGGUUGAUCUAGGGCUGAUCCCAAAUGACACCCUAUUCCCCACAUAGGGCAUUUAGGGCACUACUUUUGACCAGGGCUCUGGUCAAAAGUAGUGCCCUAAAUCAGUAAUAGGUUGCCAUUUAGUACGUAACCUCACUCUGUAAUUAUUUAAAAGGAUCUUUCUGCGUGUGCCUCAAUACCCGCUUUGACUUGCAAGACGAAGAAGAAGAUGGAAUUAAAUGGCUGAUUUUAUAUUUAAGCAAUAUGUCCCGAGGAGGUGUGGUAUAUGGCCAAUAUAACACGACUAAGGGCUGUUCUUAGGCACCACACGCUAAGCCGUGGUAUAUUGGCCAUAUAUCACAAACCCCUGAGGUGCAUUAUUGCUAAAAUAAAUUGGUUACCGAUGUAAUUAGAGCAGUAAAAAUACAUGUUUUGUCAUACCCGUGGUAUACGGUCUGAUAUACCACGGCUGUCAGCCAAUCAGAAUUCAGGGGGCUCGACCCACCCAGUUUAUAAUUCAGAAUAGAGCGCAGCAUCCAAUCGACGUUUCAGUUUUGAAUAGUAAAAGACUGUGUGAAGGCUAUGCCUAUGGAGGAUCGGAUGACUGACUGUGUGACUACAGGAUUGAUUGUGAUUCGUGGAUAACGAGUGGUUCCAUCAUUUUGGUAAUUUGUACAUAUAUUUUUGCAUAUAAAGCAUUUUGUUCCCAUGAUCAAGGACAUUCUUGAAUGAAAAUGUCUGAAUAACUAAAAGCUGAUACCAAAUAAAUCAAUGCUAUAUUGUGUAAGAUCUUUCACUUCCCUUUUUGUGAUUUGUGUUUUUAUUUUGGCCAGAUAAUUUGUUUUUCUAUGACCAAAACAGAGGUAUUGUGAUACUACUUGGAACCAUGAUGGCCGAGCUGGUACCGUGACAACCUGUCAUCUUCAUACUCUAAGCCAAUAAUGAGCGUGUUCUAAAACUUGUCAAAUCUAAUUUUAUUUGUCACAUACACAUGGUUAGCGGAUGUGUAGCGAAAUGCUUGUAAUUGCAAGUUAGAGAGAUCACCUCCCCCAAAUGAAGGAAGUUAAUCACAAGGCUGGUGUCAGAACAGUGCUUUUUGGGGGGGGGGGGGGGGGGUGAAUAAGAUGUAUGGGGACAGCUGCCCCGCCUCAGUGAGUAUUUCACUGAAGAUGAAAAUGAUUAUCUUUCUCUUGCUUCUUCUAUUAGAUGACCCUGAGAUAGAAGCACAACAAUGGACGGAGGUGAAUGGACAGGUAUACGGACACGUUCUGCUGAGAUUUAUCUUUCCUCCCUUCUACAAUGGUUACGAGAAGUUAUGUUCUAAACUAUAUCCGGGGCCAUUUCCUGUUGUGAAUACCAGAGGAUAUGUCAACCACUUCUACAAGGGAAGAAUAUCGAGAACGGAAUACAACGGUGAGAUGUACGUUAUGAUAUGGAAUUUAAAACCUGUGGACGCUGGCGACUACAGGUGUGUUGUCAGCAGUGUGAAUCAUAUCUACUCUGACUUUCACCUCCACAUUGAUAGUGGUCGACGUAGCGGUCUUGUACCCCCUCGACCUCGUGUCAGAUCAACCAUCAGACCCUCCUCAUCAUCAUCCUCCUCCUCAGACACCUCUGGGCCUGUUUUCCCCAGUGUUUCCUGGAGUGUUGGUAUACCACUGGCUGCAGGUCUCUGCAUCACGAUGGGGAUCAUUAUCUGUUCAGUCAUAGUUGCUGUGGUUCAUCGCAAAGUCAGAGCAAAAAAGAAAUGUGGAGCAACGUCCAGUGACUCAGCAGCCCACAUCGUCUCACAUGUCCCUCAAGAGGAGAGCAGUAUUGUCUACACCACAGUGAACUUCAAACCUCAUGAGAACCAUACCACAGAGCUGUAUGCUAACCUACAGACACUCAGCAGCCCCAGAGGUCAUGACCCUGACACACACAGAGAGCCUGCUGGGACGGUGGUGUACUCCACACUGGCUAGCAACCAACGCUGAACCGGAUUGUUACGUAUCUGUAUCUUUCUUAGCCUGGUGGUCACAGAUCUGUUUGUGCUGUCUUGAUAUGCUGUCAUGACCAGGCUAUCUGUAUAAUCGUUAGUUGCCUCAUAUUUUAAUUUUUUUAAUUAAUUAUAUUGACUUGUAAAUGCCUCAUGAGCUUAGUUCAUCUGUCGUACCCCCAUCAGAACCCAAAAUAUAAGCUUGUUUUACUCCAAUGUUUGUAAACAAAGUAAAUGUAAACUAACACAUUAUAGCCUCAACACAUGGUUGCAACUAUAGUGUUGAUAUCAUGGAUGGUCAGUCCUUAUAUCCAUAGCUCUGUCUAGGAAUUAGAUGGGCCCAUCCUUCUGCUUUUUACCAAAACAGCGGCGGGGUGCCACUUUGUUUCAACUGCGGAUUCUAGUUUUAAGAUGAUUGAUUUAUGUCUAUAUUCUUUUGACUUAUGAGCUAUACGAAUAAAAUAACUCAACUGCA